GCUGAUGUUCUGUAUCCUUGGCCUCAGCCCUCACUGAUCGGCGUAGUUUAAUUGCAUCAGUGCAGUUACUCGAGGUCCUGAAUUAAUACGAGCCGGGCUGUUUGCAAGCUUCUUCUCCAAGCAAUUACCUUGCAGGAAACUUAAUACGGAACUGCCUGUUUCUCCCUCCGAGACAUUAGGAUAUUAACUCGGAGGGAUCGCCAUGGAUGUAAUGAAAUUGACACUCUGGUUCUUGUUGACGGUAACUAGAAAUGACGAUGUGGUAUCACAAGGAUUGCAGCUGCAGAUGCAGAACAGACAGCAGGUCUCUAUUGGCAAUUCAGUUGUCCUGACCAGCCGGAUUGUCACAGACUCAGCAUACUUCAAUGUCGUAUCUGUGGUUUGGACCAAAGGAAUCUCAGGAGUGAUUGCAAUGUAUGCCAAUAACAAAACGGUGAUAAAAUCUCAAUACAGAAACCGUGUUAGUUUCCUGCAUUCGAAGCCAAUCAGAGAUGUCUCCAUAUUUAUCAACAACACCAGUUUAGCUGAUUCAGAUCACUACACUUGCACCGUGAUCACUGUAAAUCCUGACUCAAUGCAAACUGGAGAAACCAACCUGUCUGUGCUGAUUCCGCCCUCCACUCCAAAAUGCAGCAUCAAUGGAAGCCAAUUUAUUGGCCAUAAUGUGACCCUGACCUGUCGCUCAACAAGUGGCAAACCAGUCCCCAGCUAUACUUGGCAACGGAUUACUCCCAAGCCACAGAUUUUUAACUUCCCAGUCCACAACCCCCGAAUGGGAACUCUGACAUUGAGGAACCUCACCAAGGAGAUGUCUGGAUUGUACACUUGCAGAUCCAUAAAUUUAGCAGGGAAUGCAUCAUGCUCAAUACAGAUGGAAGUGAUAACUUCCAAUAACGCAGGGCUCAUCGCUGGGGCUGCUAUUGGGGUGCUCUUAGGCAUAUGUUUGCUAGCCACUAUCAUUGUUUUCUUCUGCAUCUAUCAGAGGAAGAGAACACCAGAAAAGGAGGAAGAUCUAGCUAAUGAGAUAAAAGAGGAUGCCCAGGCACCGGUUGGAAAUGUAUGGAUUAAGAAUGACCUAAUCUCCAAAAAUGGCACCCUGUGUUCUGUGAAUAGCACAAUACGUAGCUACAAACCAUAUCCUACCAAACCACCAUCAUAUGCUGCUUCAACUAUCACUGCAAUGGAUGUAAGCAGCAAUGGAAGCUGCAACCAUCCAAAACGUUCCCAAAAAUCAGAUUACGCAAUGACAGUUAAUACUCACCACUCUAGUCCUUCCCCUAAAUGGCAGAAUGGAACUCCGUCGCAGGCACCAAAACAGGAACCCACACUGCCCUCUAUGACUUCAUCAAAUCUUGCCAGAAUGGGGGCUGUGCCAGUUAUGGUGCCAGCCCAGAGUCAAGUCGGAUCUCUGGUGUAGGGGCAGCUUGGCAGUACCAUGCCACAUGGAAACGCUGCAAUAAUUUUCCUCUGAUUACCAAAGAACAGGCUUCAGAUAAGAGCUAUUAUUGGUGAAAUGUUACAGUACAACAUAGUUUGUAAACUGUGACCUGAAGUCUUGCAACCACUUUUUGAAACUUUUACAACUAGAAAUCUAAGGAAUCCAAGAGUAAAACAUUCAGUGGA